CGUCCGUCCGUCCCCGGGGGCCGGCGGGCCGAGCUAGUAGUCGGCCGCCGAGCACGGGUGAGCGGCAUUAAAAGGCGGAGGCGGCGGCUCGGCGGGCUGGCACCGGGCUGCGGGGAGGGGGACCGGCCGGUGCUGGGCGGGGGAACGCGGCGCUGCAGGGCGAGUAUCGGAACCGCGGUACCCGGCUUUGCCCCGGCAUCGCUGCGAGCUCACGGCUGCUGCCACCCGGUCGAGCGGAGGCGCUGGACAUGGACACAGAGGAUGACCCCUUGUUACAGGAUGCCUGGCUAGAUGAGGAAGAUGAAGAGGUAACCUUCAGCUCCCGGAAGAGACGGGAGGGUGCUCUGUUGUGUGGGAAAAGCCCAUGCAGAGUCAGGGCCCUGCGUGUCACACUGCCCGUGUCUGGUUUCUGGAAUAUUGUUGGCUGGGUAUUUACCAACCCGUACUGUGCUGGCUUCAUCCUUUUCCUGGGCUGUGCCAUCCCUGCAGUGCUUGCCGUUGUCAUGUUCCUCCACUACCCAGCCCUGGACAUUGACAUCUCCUACAAUGCUUUCGAGAUCCGCAACCAUGAGUCCUCUCAGCGCUUUGAUGCACUUGCCUUGGCCCUCAAGUCUCAGUUUGGGUCAUGGGGAAGGAACCGCCGGGACCUGGCUGACUUCACCUCUGAAACCCUGCAGAGACUCAUCUUUGAGCAGCUCCAGCAGCUUCACCUCAAUGCUUCCCAUCUCGGGGUCAAUGCACGGGUCAAGCGCAGCACCCCAGAGGGCAGGAUGAGCUCCCCCAAGCCCCAUGCCCACCUGAACCCUGGAAACCGAACUUCCCGAACUGGGAGGGGUGCCCCACGCUGGGACUACUCCAGCACUUACGUCAGCGCCAACACACAGACACAUGCCCACUGGCGCAUUGAGCUCAUUUUUCUGGCUCGGGGGGACUCUGAAAACAACAUCUUCACCACUGAGCGCCUGGUUACCAUCCAUGAGGUCGAGCGCAAGAUCAUGGACCACCCUCGCUUCCGGGAGUUCUGCUGGAAACCCCAUGAGGUGUUGAAGGACCUGCCCCUGGGCUCCUACUCCUACUGCUCCCCUCCCAGCUCCCUCAUGACGUACUUCUUCCCCACUGAGAGAGGAGGAAAGAUUUACUAUGAUGGCAUGGGACAAGACCUUGCUGACAUCCAAGGGUCCCUGGAGCUGGCCAUGACCCACCCCGAAUUCUACUGGUAUGUGGAUGAGGGCUUGUCAGCCGAGAACAUGAAAAGCUCCCUGCUGCGGAGUGAAAUCCUCUUUGGGGCACCACUGCCAAACUACUACUCGGUGGAGGACCGCUGGGAGGAGCAGCGCCGCAAGUUCCAGAACUUUGUCAUCACCUACGUGGCCAUGCUGGCCAAGCAAUCCACAAGCAAAGUCCAGGUGCUGUACGGAGGGACAGAUUUGUUUGACUAUGAAGUGAGGCGGACCUUCAACAAUGACAUGUUGCUGGCCUUCAUCAGCAGUAGCUGCAUAGCCAUCUUGGUCUACAUCCUUACCUCCUGCUCAGUGUUCCUGUCAUUCUUUGGCAUUGCCAGUAUUGGCCUGAGCUGCCUGGUGGCUCUGUUCCUGUACCACGUCGUAUUUGGGAUCCAGUAUCUGGGUAUACUCAAUGGUGUGGCUGCCUUUGUCAUUGUGGGGAUUGGGGUUGAUGAUGUCUUCGUUUUCAUCAAUACCUACCGCCAAGCCACCCACCUCAAGGACCUGCGGCUGCGCAUGAUCCAUACUAUCCAGACAGCGGGGAAGGCCACCUUCUUCACUUCUCUGACCACGGCUGCAGCCUAUGCUGCCAACAUCUUCUCUCAGAUCCCAGCUGUGCAUGACUUUGGGCUCUUUAUGUCGCUGAUUGUGUCGUGCUGCUGGGUAGCUGUGCUCUUCACCAUGCCAGCUGCUCUUGGAAUAUGGACUUUGUAUGUGUCCCCGCUAGAGAGCUCCUGCCAAACCAGGAUAUGUGGCUUCAAACUCAAGCCUUUGUCUCCUUUGCACCAAUCCAGCUGUAGUCAGAAGUGCACCAAGAAGAGUGCCUUGCACCUGGCUGAAGAUCUAUUCGUUGCCUCCGAGGCCACCUCCAGAGCAGGCAGAGAGACACUUCCCUAUCUCGAUGAUGACAUCCCACUGCUCAGUGUGGAGGAGGAGCCUGUCUCCCUGGAAAUAGGGGAUGUCCCAUUGGUAUCUGUGAUGCCAGAAAAUCUGCAGCUUCCUGCUGAGAAGAGCAACCAGGGUCACUUGAUAACUCAUCUGCAGGAGCUGCUGGAACACUGGGUGCUGUGGUCUGCAGUGAAGAGCAGAUGGGUGAUUGUGGGGCUCUUUCUCCUGGUUUUGCUCCUGUCCAUAUUCUUUGCCAGCCGCCUUCAUCCAGCUAGCCGUGCUCCAGUCUUGUUCCGGCCAGACACCAACAUCCAGGUGCUGCUAGACCUGAAAUACAACCUGAGUGCUGAAGGCAUCUCCUGCAUUACCUGCUCAGGUUUGUUUCAGGAAAAGCCCCACAGUUUGCAGAACAACAUCCGAACCGCCUUGGAAAAAAAGAAGAGGGGCUCAGGGUCACCUUGGGGAAGCAAAGGGAGCACAAGUGAUACAGGGCAACAAGAUCUCCAGGGGACUGUGUAUAUCUCCAAGUCCAGAAGCAAGGGCAGGCCAGCCAUCUACAGAUUCUCGCUCAAUGCCAGUGUCCCUGCCCCUUGGCAGAUGGUGUCACCAGGAGACGGGGAGGUGCCUUCAUUCCAGGUGUAUAGAGUGCCUUUCGGUAACUUCACCAGGAAGCUGACAGCUUGUGUGUCCACAGUAGGGCUGCUUAAGCAGAUGAGCCCCAGGAAGUGGAUGAUGACCACCUUGUCCUGUGACACCAAGAGAGGCUGGAAGUUCGACUUCAGUUUCUACGUGGCCGCCAAGGAGCAGCAGCGAACACGGAAACUGUAUUUUGCUCAGUCACACAAGCCCCCUUACCAUGGCCGAGUGUGUGCAGCACCUCCUGGCUGUCUUCUCAGCUCUAGCCCAGACGGACCCACCAAAGGCAUCCUUUACGUUCCCAGCGAGAAAGCAGCACCCAAAGCAAAGCUGUCAGCCACUUCUGGAUUUAAUCCUUGCAUGAACACAGGCUGCGGAAAGCCAGCGGUGCGGCCGCUGGUCGACACAGGAGCCAUGGUGUUUGUAGUGUUUGGUAUCAGAGGUGUUAACCGCACAAGGCGCCCGGACAACCACGUCAUCGCAGACAUGGGCAGCGUUAUCUACGAUGACAGCUUUGACCUCUUCAAAGAGAUUGGCAACCUGUGCCGGCUCUGCAAAGCCAUCGCGAGCAAUGCCGAGCUGGUGAAGCCAGGAGGGGCUCAGUGCCUGCCCUCUGGUUACAGCAUCUCCUCCUUUCUGCAGAUGUUGCACCCCGAGUGCAAGAACAUCCCUGAGCCAAACCUGCUGCCUGGACAGCUGUCUCAUGGGGCAGUGGGGGUGAAGGACGGGAAGGUGCAGUGGAUCUCCAUGGCGUUUGAAUCGACAACCUACAAAGGGAAAUCUUCCUUCCAGACAUAUGCUGACUACCUUAAAUGGGAGACAUUCCUGCAGCAGCAACUCCAGCUCUUCCCAGAGGACUCUGCCCUCCGGCAUGGUUUCCAGACCUGUGAGCACUGGAAGCAGAUCUUCAUGGAGAUUAUAGGAGUGCAAAGUGCCCUGUAUGGUCUGGUCCUCUCGCUGGUUAUUUGUGUGGCUGCAGUGGCCGUGUUUACCACUCACAUCCUCCUCCUGCUGCCAGUGCUGCUCAGCAUUUUAGGGGUGGUCUGCUUGGUGGUGACCAUCAUGUACUGGUCUGGCUGGGAAAUGGGAGCUGUGGAAGCCAUUUCCCUCUCCAUUCUCGUUGGCUCCUCUGUGGAUUACUGUGUGCACUUGGUGGAGGGCUAUCUGCUGGCGGGGGAGAACCUGCCACUGCACCAGGCCGAGGACCCCCGAGCAUGUCGCCAGUGGAGGACGAUUGAAGCGGUCCGUCACGUGGGGGUGGCAAUCGUCUCGAGCGCCGUCACCACAGUGAUCGCCACUGUCCCGCUCUUCUUCUGCAUCAUUGCCCCUUUUGCCAAGUUUGGGAAGAUCGUGGCCCUCAACACAGGAGUGUCCAUCCUGUACACAUUAACUGUGAGCACAGCCCUGCUGAGCAUCAUGGGGCCGGGCACGUUCAUCCGCAGCAGGACUUCUUGCCUCAAGGCUGUGCUGGGGGUGCUUCUUGCUGGUCUGCUGGGUCUAUGCAUCUGCCUCGCCCUGCUGAAGAGUGGAUUUGAGAUUCCCCUGCCUAAUGGGAGGGCCCUUUAGACCCUGUGCCAAGAGCCACAUGCUCUGUCUUCUUGCUCCCUUUCUUUUUUCUUUUCUUUUUUUUUAAAAGGAUAUUUUUUGUAAGAAAAAGAAAUAGGAAGAGAGUCCCCUUUUUCCAGGAUUUUUUCAACUCCAGAUGCACUUUAUUUUCUAAUGGGUUUUGCUCUAAGCUUCUAUUUAUUAUUUUGGGUAGUGAUGGAUGGAUGUCGGACAGUGAGGGCUGCCCAGGGAAUACCUCAGCCUGUGAGCAGGAGGGGAGGAGGUCUCCUGGUCUCCUUCUCUCAAUUUUUCUGCUUUUAUUUUUCUCUUUUUUCUUUUUUUUCUUUUAAUGAACAGAGCUUUCUGGAACCGCAAAGCUAAAAGGGGGAGAAGCUGGGAAGGCCAUCUGAUCCCUUUCAAAAUGCUUCCCUUGUCCCUUCUCUCCCCUUGGCCAGGGUCAGCAUUGCAACCAUGACUCUCGAGGUGAUGUCCUACCCCCAUGCCAACCCUGUGCCUCAUUACCUGAGCCUUGGACAACAGCAGUGAGCUGUUGGCCAGGCCUGGGAAAUGGCGUGGUCUGGACCAGCAGUGAACUCGCUGUGCAGUAUCUCUUAUGGGUGUCAUUGUGGGAUCUGAACUAGAGAUGGUGGGUGGCAUGACCAGCAGUGACCUGCUGUCAUCGUUUGGGGGGGGGGUGUCAGGACGGCUGGGAUCUCUUGGGUCUGUAAACAGCUGUCAAGAAUGCAAUCAGUGCCCUCAGUGACUUGCUCCCCUCUCCCUCAUCACAGCAGUGGGGUCUAGGCACUAUUGAUACCCAGUCCCACCUUCUGUUCAGAGUGGGAUCUCACCAGUUGCUGCCUCUGCUCUUUGUGGCAGAGAAAACAGCCCUGAGGUCCCUGCAGAGAGUUUUGGUCAUGGCAGUCAGCUCUUAGCCUGAGGAUGAGCUUGUACCUGGUGGCAUGCACAGAUAAACCGUGGUGCAUCCUCUGUGCCACCCUCCGUUGUGCAGACACGAGGGCAGCGGAGCUUCAGCUUGCGGCUGCUGCCUGCUCAGAGCAGAUGGUUUAUAUUAAAGUAAAAUGAAAUUGCAAACUGGUACCAUUAACAAGUACAUUUUAAGCAUCGCUGAUUCUAUCAUAUUUUUAAAAUUGAAAUAGCUAAGUGUGUGCAUUGAUAUGCAGCACAUCUGGUUCUUGGCAAAAAGGGAGGGGUUGGGCCCACUGGGAGAUGCAUUAAACAUUAUUUACAGGAAUGCCAAUAGAGGGAGGUGGCCAGAAAGCAGCCUAGCUCCAUUUGUUUGCAGAUACCAUGUUCCUGGUGGCUUUGUUUUCUCUGUCUGGACUUAACCCCCUUUCUAAGAUGGCAAUUCCAGGGAGCCUGUCCCGAUUGCCAGCCAAGUUCUGGGGACUGUGCUGGUGAGACAGAGCAGCAGCUGCUUCUGCCUGGCUCAGUGUAUCCCUGCCAGUCUUACACCUUCACAGCGUGUCAUUCCUGUGAAACUGGAUCAAAUGUUUGUUCCCUAAAGUAGGUUACCCAAGGUGUCAGCUGGAGAGAGGAGUGACAUGACAGGACUCUUGCUGAUGCCAGAGGAAAUCCAGAGCAAUUCUGCCUCAGGCAGUGAGGCUGACGAAAGCAUGAGCAAAACAGACUUGGUUUCCUCCUCACCAUCCCACAGUGCAGCUGAGUUACCCAUUUCUGCAAAGUGUUAAAUGUUCCUUGGCACCUACCUCUGAUCUGCACCAGUUCCUUCAUAAUGAACCCUGUGCCCAUGAAUAAAUGGCCCUGGAAAGGAUUUUUCACUAUCCUGAAGCUGUGCUGUUUUGGUGGCUGCUGUGCACAGUUCAACCCCAACAUUGGCCUGUAAGCCAGGCUUUUUCCUAUGUCUGCUCUCUGAAUUUAAUUACUAGUGGUGCCCUGAGCUCUCCUAAGUGCAGCGAGCACAGAGAGCAGUGUUCUGGGACCACUGUGGGUGCUGCAGGGGACAGCAGUGUGGCCUUAGUGCUGCUGCCGAGGAUGCUCUGACUGGCAGCUUGGCCUGAAUUUAGCUAAUGCUUCAAAUUCCUUGGGGUGAUUGAAGCUGAUGGAUAUUUCCAGGUCACUAGCCGAAAGAAUGAAGUGCCAAGUGCACCCUUAGAGGAAGUUCCUCCUUCUACGAGCGUGAAAAAAGCUUGAAAGGUCUUUAAGACAAGGCAUAGAUGUGCUUUGAAUUCUGCAACGUUUAAAGCUAUUUAAGCCUCUGUGUUUGUGCUCGCUAUAAAGAGGCUGUGUGAGGCUCCCACUUCCAGAGUGACACACCAUGCUGGGACCAUUCAUUCAGCCUCUCUAGGAAGACAAAGAUUAAUUGCAAAGUAGUAGAAAUCCUUUUAUGUCUCUUGGGGCAGAUCUGGCAGCGUUUGAUCUGGCAGUGGCUGAUCUACAGAUGAAAAUAACGGAGUUCUUGGCACCUGACAGGAUCUGUCCUGUUUCCUGGAGCAAGCAGGGGAAAGGACAAGCGAUCGUUUUCCCUUCUCUCUCCAGGCAGCCCUGGCUCGCUCGGUGCAGAAGGGCUGGCUGGCGCUAGAAGGAGCAGAGCAUCACCUUCCUCUUUUUUGUCCAAGGUGGUACUGGGAGAGCAAUGGCCAGAGUGAUUCAGAAAGGAAAAUGAGAGACUGAGAUAAGUGCAGAGCUGUAGCAGGUGAGUCCCAAAGGCACACUGCGAGAUUGUGCUCCUCCGGCAAGGAGAGGAGGAGGAGGAACUUAAUCCAGAUUGUAGUAGGAUGGUGGAAGAGCCAGGAGAUGAUCCUGGGUGAUGCUUUCACUGCAAGGACCCACCGGAUGUUGGUAAGCUGAAAAGUCAAUUAAACAUAGUAAUGACGCUUAAGAUCUAACUAGUCAUUUGCCUCAUCGCUAUUUCACUCUGCACAGCUCUGUGGUCGGGGUGGCCAGUGCUUUUUGCACAUGCUGUGGAGUGGAAGAAGCUUAGAGGCAAGCACCAGCCUUCCCCAAAAUUCUUACAGCACCGUGAUCUCCCCAAGCAUCUGCAGAGACAAUAAAUCAGUAGCAGAUGUGUACAUCCAUCUCCAUGUAGGCGGCAUCCUCCUCGGGAUUAGAAAAUAUUCAUAAAAUUAUAGAGGUAAGAAAAUGGAUGGGUUUAUCUGAGCAAAUGCGAAGGUGUGGCUGACAGCCCUGCAGGGAAUUAGCGCUCCGAGGCAGAUGCUCAUAGCAAUAAAAAGCAAGGCCCUCACCUGUCUGGCACUGUUCCGUGAGCAGAUGCUCACUCUAAAUUAAUUCCUCCCCCAUCUCUGCCUAUUUUCUUUCUUUGAUGACUCCUCUGUUUCCCAGACCAUCUCUUGGGCACUGUUGUCUUGCCGAGCAAGGUUCAGCCUUUUCCGUGGUAGCUGCUUCUGCCUGAGGUGCUCGCAGAGACUGGAUAAAGUGGCUGGAGGUUGUCUCAGGGUGAAUUGCUCAGGCAGAGGAGCUAGGGAGUUAAAAUGCUUCAGAUGAAGCUGUCCAUUUUGAAGGUUUUAAACAGUAGAAUGCAGCAGACCCACCUUACUUGGAAGAGAAUGCUCCAAUUUUGCAUUUCCAAACAAUCUUGUUGCAGUUAAAAAGAAAUGUACACGGGUGCUCAGUUACAGCACACUGCAAUGGAAUAUUUCAAACUGCCCACUAGUAAAUCCUGUUUUGAGGAUGUUUUGAAAAGCUGAUGUUAAUGUUUCAGUUUCCUACAAAACAGAGCCAGUCCUGUCCUGACCAGAAGGACGCUGCUCCCCAGAGCUGCUGUCACUGCUCCUUCGGCUGAGCUUCCCCAUGAGUUUAGGGCUCCCCAUGGCUGUGGAUGCUCAGGUAGAGUCUCUGCUCACAACAGCCCUGUCAAAUUCAUCUGAGCUGAUGUGAUUUGCAGAGAUCAGUGUCAGAGAAAGGAACAGAGCCGGGUGUUCUCGCUCUGUCCUUGUGUCCUGGUGCCUCCUGAGGUGCUGGGUUCACGUGGGGUCUGUACAGGCAACUGGGGCAUCAGGUUUGGCCACCAACCUUGGCAAUUUCAAAGGCUGUGGAUGCUGAAAGGGGAUCAGUGGCUGAGCUGGGCUGUGUUCCUUGAUCCCUGCUGGAUCUGAAACUAUGCCAGAGCAAAGCCAGCCUGGGAAAUAUCUCUGAGCAGAAGGACGUGUAGCAUGCCCACAGGGUUACUGGGACCACUGAUAGUCUGGAUGCAAUGGUCUCCAGCGACCCCUGGCUUUGUCUCUGCUGGAGCAAACUUGGAUGUUACUUUAUGUCAUGGCAUCUGAUUCUUUAAGCUUGUCCUGCACUGAAUUUUCCUACCAGAGCAGCCUGCCCUCCUGGAAGGUUAUAAAAGGCUUUUUAUUUAGCCCUGUGACAUGUAUAAAUCCUCCCACGCUCUCCACCAAGGAAGCUGUGCUAACUGAUUUGCAGCCAGGCAGGACAAACUCACAGUCUCUUGGUUAUUUCUUCCAAAAUCACUCCUCACCCCAGAGAACACACAAGCCAUAGUUCACGGUUUUCCAAAGGCUGAGCCCUGGUAGAGGGCGAUGGCCAGAACCAGAGGCAGAGCUGCAAGCAAAUGAGCAGAGAAGCUUAUGGGGGGAAGCCGAAGAGAACAAAUGGGAGGGAGGGUGGUUCAAAAGCCAAGGGAAGGUGUGAGCACUCGAAGACAGAGGGAGGGCACUGCUGUUUCACCACGUCCUGUGCAGACCUUAGAGUGUCGGUUCUCAGAGUGAUGUAGCACAAUUCCUGAUGUAAUGUACGCGUGUUUCUUUUGUAAGUUGACUCCUAUCCUCACUAUUUUCAGUGUUCUUGAUUUUUGGAGACUGUUGUAAAUAAAAAUUUUGACAUUCGCA